CUUCUAUAUGAUAUAUCAGCUAGCCUUCUCCCUCUGUCUGUCUUACCUGAUCAAGAAAAAAGCAGCAAAAAGGAGAUAUGAAAAGGGAUUAGACCCUUUUGUAGCUUGAAAAGGUUUGUUGAAUCAGAACUGCUUCUAUUACCUUAUAGCACUACCUAGAUUUUUCUCAUAUAUAUAUGUAUAUAUAUAUAUAUAUCCAUCUCUUCUGAAAAUACAGCAGAAGAAAAAAUAAUACUGUUAGGUUCAGUCUCUUUUCCCCCAAUUUUGACUUCCAAUUACACUUUUUUUUUUUCAUUGUUUGGGGCUGAGAGUUUCCCUCCGUUCAGAAAAAAGCUGAACUCUCUAUUUUGUUCCCAUUCAUAAUAUUUGCAGAACAAUUCUCCCAACCCUACUAAAAAUUUUUAAGUUUCCCAAUGCCAAAGCUAGCCACUACCAGUCUGGUCUCUUUCCUUCUGAACUCGUCUCAGUAACUCUAUCUUUUUUCUUAAGCAACAGUUUUCCAAAAAUUUUUCUGAAUUAAUUUCCCUUCUCUUUUCUCUCCCAAUGAUGCAAUUUACUGAGACACCACCACCACCCUUGCACGAAAUUAUCACCACACCCUAUUCCAAUAACUUCCCAAUAAUGAUGAACACAAACCAAACCUACCGCAUGCACCCGUGGCCUGGCUUUCCGACCUCAAAGUUCCUAGGAACAAACUUUGGCGACGCCAACUGCAUGGAGCAGCUGCUCGUCCACUGCGCUAACGCCAUCGAAACCAACGACGCCACCCUAGCCCAGCAGAUCCUCUGGGUCCUCAACAACAUCGCCCCCCAAGACGGCGACUCCAAUCAGCGCCUCACCUGCGCGUUUCUCCGAGCCCUCAUUGCCCGAGCAGCCCGAAUCGGAAACUGUAAGGUCCUCGCCGCCAUGGCCAACUCCCAAGCCAACUUCACCAUCCACACUCACAAGUUCUCCGUCGUUGAGCUCGCCUCCUUCAUCGACCUGACACCGUGGCACAGGUUCGGAUUCACCACCGCAAAUGCAGCCAUUCUAGAAGCUGUUGAAGGGUAUUCUGUGGUUCACAUUGUUGACCUGAGCUUGACGCAUUGCAUGCAAAUCCCAACUCUGGUCGACGCCAUUGCCAGACGUCAUGACGGUAAUGUGAGUCCUCCAUUGCUGAAGCUCACUGUGGCGGGUACCAUGGAGGACGUCCCUCCAAUGCUGGACCUGUCAUACGAGGAACUGGGUUCCAAGUUGGUUAAUUUCGCAAGGUCAAGAAACAUCAUUUUAGAGUUUAGGGUCAUCCCGUCAAGUUACACUGAUGGGUUUGCCAACCUAAUCCAACAACUCCGCGUACAAAAUUUAGUGUAUGCGGAGAGUAGUGAGGCGCUUGUAGUGAAUUGCCACAUGAUGCUUCACUACAUUUCUGAAGAGGCAUUGACACUUCCAGCAAUCAAUCCGAAUCCAAGUAGUAGUGGUUCGACUAGCUCUUACGGUUUUGAUGCUUCGUCCUCUUCGAGUUCGUCGCUAAGGACAGUGUUUCUGAAAGAGCUUCGGGGUUUGGAGCCGACGAUUGUGGUUUUGGUGGACGAAGAUGUGGAUUUGACAUCGAAUAAUCCAGUGUGUAGAUUGAGGUCGGCCUUCAAUUACCUGUGGAUACCUUAUGACACCUUGGACACAUUUUUGCCGCGGGGAAGCAAGCAGAGGCAGUGGUACGAGGCGGAUGUGUGUUGGAAGAUUGAGAACGUGAUAGCGUACGAGGGCUUUCAGAGGGUGGAGAGGCUGGAGCCGAAAUGCAGGUGGGUGCAGCGAAUGCGAAAUGCCAACUUUCGGAGCGUUUCAUUUGGGGAAGAUGCGGUUUUGGAAGUGAAGGCCAUGCUUGAUGAACAUGCAACUGGUUGGGGAUUGAAGAGAGAAGAAGAAGAUGUUGUGCUUACCUGGAAGGGACACAAUGUUGUGUUUGCCACAGCCUGGAUGCCUGCUUAAAUUCACAAGUUGAAAUUUCUCGAGAAAAUGAUCUGACAAUAAGUUAAUUAAUAUAGAAUCUCUUUUUAUUUUUUCGUUUCUUCCUUCUUAAUCUGUUAUUUGGUAGUAGUUAGCUGAUAAAUUAGUUAAUGAUCAUGUUUUACUAAUUUUUACUAUUAGGUGAGAGCUUAAAUUUUAAUUAAUGUGAAGUAAUUGUGUCAUAUUUGGAAUAAUUUUGAACCAUGCAUUUGUGCAUAUUCUUCUGUGGUCUGCAGUAACCUAACAUAUUAAUCUGCCUAUUCUUUUUAGCAAUGUCUUUAUUUAAUGGGCAAUGUUAGGGAGACUACAUUAUGACAUACGAGUUGAUAAUUGAAUUAUUACUUAAGCGUUGGUUAACGUGCUUAAUUCUUAUUUGUAACGUAUCUUUUAGUUUGCAAAUUUAGUCUACAAAUUUAACCACGUAACCUGACCCUUAUUUAAAUUUCCUUUUAC